GCGCGGCGCCGGAGGCACGCGCUGGCGAAUUGGAGAGUGUCUGGCGCUACGAGCAGCGGGCGCGGGCCCCUGGUGGGCAGGCGGUGUAGCCCCAUGCCCGGAACGAGAAUCUGAGCACCGGAGGUUCGAGCCCCUCCCUACUUCUCAGUCUCCACACCCUCUGGGCAGAGCUGGAGGUUGGCCUCGCGGCGUCGCACCUACUUUCUGAGCACCUUCUGUGUAACAGGCCCAGGACUGGGCUCCAAAACGGCCCUUGUGGUGUGCCCAAUCCAAGCGGCAGACGGUCCCGACGAUGAGUGAGCAUCUGGACAACGAAGUAAAGUGAAGGGAGACGCGGGCGGAGAUGGGGCCUCGGAGCCCAUGGAAGAUUGCAGCCAGGGUGGCAGCAAUGUCCUGGGCAGCCCUGAAGCCCCAGUACCCCGGGAGGAGCAGGAGGAGGAAGAGGGGCCUGGGACUGCUGCAGGGUCUGGUCCUCAACCUGGACUCUACAGCUAUAUCAGGGAUGACUUGUUCACCUCGGAGAUCUUCAAGCUAGAGCUGCAGAAUGUGCCUCGCCACGCCAGCUUCAGCGAUGUCCGACGUUUUUUGGGCCGCUUUGGCCUGCAGCCCCAUAAAACAAAACUCUUCGGGCAACCACCCUGCGCCUUUGUGACAUUUCGCAGUGCUGCUGAGCGGGACAAGGCCCUUCGAGUGCUACACGGAGCCCUCUGGAAAGGCCGACCACUCAGCGUGCGCCUGGCCAGACCCAAGGCAGACCCCAUGGCCAGGAAGAGGCAGCAAGAGGGUGAGCCGCCAGCGAUGCGAGUUGCUGAUGUGGUGACCCCUCUUUGGACAGUGCCCUAUGCUGAACAGCUGGAGCGGAAGCGGCUGGAGUGUGAGCAGGUGCUGCAGAGGCUUGCCAAAUCUACCUCAUUCUGCAGGGAAAUUGGGAGCACCAAUCGCACUCUACUGCCCUGGCUGCUCACACAGAGGCACAAGCACAACAAGGCCUGCUGCCCACUGGAGGGGGUCAGGCCGUCACCCCAGCAGACUGAGUAUCGCAAUAAGUGUGAGUUUCUGGUUGGCGUUGGGGUGGAUGGGGAAGAUAACACUGUUGGCUGCCGACUCGGCAAAUACAAGGGUGGGACAUGUGCUGUAGCAGCCCCCUUUGACACGGUGCAUAUCCCUGAGGCCACCAAACGGGUGGUGAAAUCCUUCCAGGAAUUCAUACGGUCCACCCCAUACUCGGCAUAUGACCCUGAGACAUAUGCAGGCCACUGGAAGCAGCUGACUGUGCGCACCAGCCGCCGUGGUCAGGCCAUGGCCAUUGCCUACUUCCAUCCACAGAAACUGAGCCAUGAGGAACUGGCAGGGCUGAAGGCCUCCCUGGUGCAACAUUUCAUGGAGGGACCAGGCAUCGCCAGCGGGGUGACCUGCCUGUACUUCGUGGAGGAGGGACAGCGAAAGACUCCCAGCCAGGAGGGCCUGCCCCUGGAGCAUGUGGCUGGGGACCGAUGCAUCCAGGAGGACCUACUUGGGCUAACCUUCCAGAUCUCUCCUCAUGCCUUUUUCCAGGUGAACACACCUGCAGCAGAGGUGCUCUACACAGUCAUCCAAGAUUGGGCCCAACUGGACAAGGAAAGUACAGUGUUGGAUGUGUGCUGUGGCACUGGCACCAUUGGCCUGGCCCUUGCCCAGAAGGUGAAGAGAGUCAUUGGGAUCGAGUUAUGCCAGGAGGCUGUGAAGGAUGCUUGGGUGAAUGCCCAUGCCAAUGAGCUGAGCAACGUUGAGUUCCACUGUGGGAGGGCUGAGGACCUGGUGCCCACUCUGGUGAGCAGACUGGCCUCCCAACAACUUGUGGCCAUCUUGGACCCACCUCGAGCUGGCCUGCAUUCCAAGGUGAUCCUGGCCAUCCGAAGAGCUGAGAACCUCAAGCGGCUCCUAUAUGUCUCAUGCAACCCCCGGGCAGCCAUGGCCAAUUUUGUAGACCUCUGCAGGGCCCCAUCUAACCGGGUCAAGGGCACUCCAUUCCGACCAGUCAAAGCUGUGGCUGUGGACCUGUUCCCACAAACCCCACACUGUGAGAUGCUCAUUCUGUUCGAGAGGGUGGAACACCCCAAUGGCACAGGAGCCCUAGAGCAUCAAGGCCCUCUAGCCCCACCCUCACUAGAGCUCCCUAAUGAUACCACACUGGAAGCUGGGGCCUCCCUUUCAUCCUAGGCCCUGGAAACUGCAGAAGCCAGCUCUUCGAGAACAGAGCCCAUCAUGGAGGCAGAGGCUAGGGGGCUUCCCACAGCCUUGCUUGUCUCAGGAUGCUCAGGAGAGCAAUCACAGGACACAAGGCCUAGGUGCCUUGCCAGAACCAACCUGUUGCUAUGUGAUAUGGCUCAAAAGAAGGUAGACUCCUAUGGCCUGUCCAUUCCUGACCCCAUCAUUCUGGAAUAGCCAGGCUAUGAGGACAAGAAUAAACAAUUGCUGAAUUAAGAAUGUUUCCGUGGUGACAG